AGGAUCUCUGGUCCUGUGCACCCCCAAUCCAGCUCCACUGCAUGCCCCAUCCUCGAACCCUGCAGCAUUGCUAAUUGACUCUGGACCUCUGUUCACUGACAUGUACCCAGGACUCCUUCUCCUCCUCCUUGCCCUGAUGGGUGCUGGCUGCCAGGGGAAGCUGGUGAAAUCCUGCCCAGCAAACUGUGUGUGUCCCAAAGAAGCACUAUCCUGUGCCCCUGGUAUCAGCCUUGUGACAGACUCCUGUGGCUGCUGUAAAGUUUGUGCCCGCCAGUACAACCAGGACUGCGAUCUGAGACACCCAUGUGACCACAUCAAGGGGCUACACUGUGAUUUUGGCGCUGACCCCUCCUCUACUGCAGGGAUUUGCAGAGCAAAGUUUGAAGGUCGACCCUGUGAAUUUUUUGGCCAGAUCUACCAAAAUGGGGAGAACUUCCAGCCCAACUGCAAGCACCAGUGCACCUGCAUGGAUGGAGUGGUCGGCUGCAUGCCUCUGUGCCCUCAAGAAAUGGCCCUGCCUAGCGUGGACUGCAUCAAUCCCAGGCUAGUGAAGGUCCCUGGCCAGUGCUGUGAGGAGUGGAUGUGCGACAGCAACCACAUCUCAGAAGACUCUGGAGACACCACCAAUGGAGACGUAGAAGACUCCUUGAAGUCAUCUGAAGAGAUGGUAGAACAAGAAGACGUUGAGCCAGUCUCUAGCAACGAGCUCAUAAGUUUGGUCCGCAAUGGGUUUAAGGUUGACCCAGGUCUGGGCCCCCACCCACAACCUGAUCGUUCUAGAUGUGCUAUUCAGACCACAGAAUGGUCACAGUGCUCCAAGUCCUGUGGCAUGGGAAUGUCUACCAGGAUAACCAAUGAUAACCCACAAUGCAAACUAAUGAAGGAAACGCGUCUGUGCCAAAUUCGCCCCUGUAAGGACCCCUUGCCAACAAAACCUAAGAAUGGCAAGAAAUGUACCAGAAUAAAGAAGGCCAAACAAGCUGUGCACUUCACCUAUGCCGGCUGCACCAGUGUACGACGGUACAAGCCACAGUAUUGUGGUUCUUGCUCAGAUGGACGGUGCUGCACCCCCUCUAAGACCCGAACAAUGCGUGUCCGCUUCCGCUGCGAUGAUGGGGAUACCUUCCAAAAAAGCAUGAUGUGGGUGGAAAAGUGUCGGUGUCAUCAAAACUGCCCCUAUCACAGUGAGCUGUCUUACCCCCAUUAUCGGUUACACAACGACAUCCACAAGUUCACGGACUGAGUGGGGGACAUGUUUCCUUUGGACUUACGGGGCAGUGGCCAUGAACCAUGGCUCCCCAACUUUCAAGCCGUUUCCAACUUACAGGGCCCGAUCACCAAGAACUUGGUGGUGAAGCAGGAAUGGUGCAUCUACACCCAACAUGGUCUAGAGACCUGUGACUUUCCAUUCACCUACUUAUAAGCUCACCAGUGUGGAAUCGUGGGAUGCAUGCCCCUCAGCUUAGCCUUGGUAGCAAGGUUGCAAUGCUAACUUAUUCCAACAUGGGUAAACAAAACACAGCCCUUUAGCUGUUAAAAGCUGUAUAUCUAGAGCUAAUUUUCAGUCUGGGGUUAGUGCACAUGAUGUACAAUUACAAGAAAAUUCAGUGUACUUUUGCUGUACGAUUGUUAGACUGGCAUUGCAAAAGAAUGAGCUGGAGCUGUCCCACCAAGUCAGGGCUGGUUUGACCGGUCAUUGUUUCCUGGAGUUGUGUGGUGAUCAAUGGAGACUAUAAAGAUAGCACUACUUGUCAAAUUACCUUUUUAGAGUAGCUUGUUAUGUUUGAAUCUACUCAAAAGUCCCAAUGACUAAGGCUCUAAUAGAGUACCUUUUAAAAAAGUUGAUAUCGGCAUAGAUUAGCAGAAUAGUGGAGCUAAUAGAGUCACUGGUAGACUUCAUGAUAUUCUGAGGCCAGGACUAGUGGUGAAUACCCAACCACCACCUUAAAAAUUUAACUUUUAAAUAAUGGAUCAGAGGCUCUUUGCCUU